AUGGCGACGCACCGCUUCAACCCUACCUUCACAGACAAUGUCAUCAAUGCGAUGGGUCCUAAGACCACUCCGCGCAUGCGCCAGCUCAUGGCCGGUUUGAUUCGGCACAUGCACGACUUUGCGCGCGAGGAGGAGCUCACCGUCGACGAGUGGAUGGCCGGUGUGCAGAUGCUCAAUUGGGCCGGGCGGAUGAGUGACGACAAGCGGAACGAGGGACAGUUGGUGUGUGAUGUGUUCGGACUGGAAUCUCUCGUCGACGAAAUUACUUUCACUCUCGCGGAAGAAGCAAAGGAUGCGCCCACGGCUACCGCCAUCCUGGGCCCUUUCUUCCGCGCCGAUACGCCGUUCCGCGCUAAUGGUGAGGACAUCGUCAAGUCGAAGCCUGCUGAUGCCGAAAUGGUGUUCAUGCACGGUCGCGUCAUGGACCACGAGACUAAACAGCCUCUUGUUGGUGCGACGGUCGAGGUGUGGCAAGCUUCUACGAAUGGGUUGUACGAGCAGCAGGACCCCGAGCAGGUUGAGUUCAACCUGCGCGGUAAGUUCGAGACGGAUGAGGAGGGUAAAUACUGGCUCUACUGCUUGCGCCCCACACCUUAUCCUGUCCCCGACGAUGGUCCUGCUGGGAAGCUCCUCGAGUUAAUGGAUCGCCACCCCUUCCGCCCUGCUCAUAUUCACAUUAUUGCUACUAAGGAAAAUUAUCGUCCUUUGACGACCCAAAUCUUUGACCGCAAGGACAAGUACCUUGACAAUGACUCAGUGUUCGCCGUUAAAGACUCGUUGGUUGUGGACUUUGUCCCGCGCGAGGGUGAUUCUCAGGCUGCUCUCGAGCUCAACUAUGAUGUCAAGUUGGUGAAGGAUGCGCCGAAAACCAAUGGCGCAUGA